AUGACUGCCGACGCACUCGCGAAAACUAGAAUCUCCAACCGUGUGGCCCGCCUUAGGAAGAGUGCUGCUGAACGGUACAGCAUCGAUGAGAAGGAGGUGCACAUUGGCCACAUGGCUCUGGAAUCCAUGUUACUGGACCCAGACAUGAUCAGCCAGAUCGAUUUCACCACUGAACAAGAGGAAACGAAUAGAUCUGUGGCUCAGCGCUCAAGCCGUCUUGCCAGUGCUAUGGUUAACGCUGGCCUGAAGCCUGGAGACCCCGCCAUUGUCAUGGGCAACAACCACAUGGACCUCUGCAUCCCAUACUUUGCCUGUCACUUUGGAGGAUACCCCAUGUGCGCUAUCGACCCCAGUAUUGGCAAAAAUGACUUAGUCAGUCUAUUCCCAUACAUCUUCCCCAAAAUUGUCUUCUGCCUGAAAUCUUGCGAAGAAAAGGUCCGCGAAGCGUUCAAGGUCAACAACCUUGAGGGCUUCAUCGUCGUAUUUGAUGACAAAAAAACUGAUAUGGAAGCUUUCGUUCAAGAGCACAACGGCACUGAAGUUGACUACAGGCCAGCUACUUUCGACCAUUCCAAAAUUAAUGCCUGGUUGAUGCUGACCAGCGGCACCACGGGCUUACCGAAGGUCGCCACCAUACCAUUUGACACAUUACUCCAUGGAAUCAUUAGUUGGUGGGAACCCUUCCCAGAGAAAGUAGAAAGCAUUCUGGCUAUGGCUACAUUACAAUGGAUGUCAUCCCUACUCUACUUCAUUUCGGGUCCACUGAAGGGCUCCACCAGGAUUCAGGCGUCUGAACCAUUAACCCCGAUGAAGCUCGUCCAAAUUAUCAACAAAUACAGGCCCGUCACGACAGCGUUCACGCCAUAUUUAUUAGGUCAUUUUCUGAAUGCCGCCGAAAAAACUUGUGACUUAUCGUGUCUCAAAUACAUUGUUAUUGCGGGCAGUGCUAUCGAGAAACCAUUAUUGGACAGAUUUAAAAAAGUAUGCGAUGCAUUCAUGUACCUGGUGUAUGGAAUGACCGAGUUGUUGGUACCUGUCUUCGAUUACAACGACGACACUCCAUUCGGGUCGACCGGCAAACCUCAGUCACAGUAUGAGUUUAUGCUCGUGGAUGAUAAUGCUAAGCCCUUGGAAGGUGCAUACAAGACCGGUGAACUGUGGAUUAAGGGCGACGCCUUCUUCAAGGGCUAUCUAAACAAUGCUGAGGAGACCAAGACCAUGUUGACUGACGACGGAUGGUUCAAAACUGGAGACAUGUUCUACAAGGACGAGCAAGAUUAUUACUACUUUGUGGAGCGCAAGAGACUUUUAAUUAAGCACUACGGUUUUCUGCUUUCCCCAUUAAAAAUGGAGGAGAUUGUCAGGCGCCACCCAUCCAUAGUAGAUGCCUGUGCGGUCAGCCUGCCACAACUUGAUUGUACAGAACUGCCCGUUUUUGCCCUACAGAGAAGAAAUGGUGAUAAAGUUGACACACAAGAAGUCGCUGAAUUAUUGAGAAAGAACAUGGAAGGGAAGCGACUGAACGGCGGAUUUUUCUUCGUAGAUUCAUUACCCGUCACGCCCUCCGGCAAAAUACAUAGAGCAAAAGUGAAGGAGAUGGCGCAGACGGCACAAAAAAUCCUCUUCUAG